AUGUCUAAUCACGGAAACACUACAGGAGUCAAUGAAGGACCCUCAUCCUUCGAGUCAGCCAGCACUGGAAGUUCUGUUGCCCACUCAACAUCUGAGACCCAUUCAAAGAACAACGCCAGCUCUUAUGAGACAUUCGCCGAUCUCCCUGUUCAUCGUCAAAUUGAUCUCGCUGACCGUUCUGGAUUUACCGUUAGACAAUUAACCAUUGCCAACAUACCAUCCUCCCCCAUCCCAAAAAUGAGCUCCUUUGACGCUUCUCAAGCGCCAAAUUUCAAACAAUUCCUCUACAAAAGUGAAUUGGAUUUUUGGAUAUACGGUCUUAUUGGGCAAAUUAACAGCUGCGGCCGGAGUUUUUGGAACAACUAUAUCUAUAAGCCAAUUGUUGGCCAUACUGCCCUUCAGCUUGGUUAUGGUAUCAGGUUUGAGAGGGCCCUUGAUGAACUACUCAAGGCUUACAUUUUAAAAACCACGCCUGCAGCUAACCUGGCUGCAGCUGAACAGGCCCGGUGGGACACGUCGCCCGAGUUUCUAAAAACUCCACCUAUGGAUUCGGCGUCUGUGCGGGAAGAAGCCAUGGGGGUCCUAUUUGAACCAGGAAAAAGAAUGGCCCGUAUAGAUCCCGAAAUCCUAGAGCCCGCCGACCUGGGGCGAGUGCUCUCAUUUUACCAACGUCUUAAUCAUAUUGGUUUGCGCAUAUCCCCAAGCCCUGAGCUUAACAUUGUAUUUGCGAUGACGCAAGCUAUCUCAGUAGGAGUUCCAGGUCCUAGUUAUUUCUCCGGGCUCACCAGCAGUGAAAUUGAAACCAAAAUACAAGCUACUGUUACUGAAGCUUCCAAGUGGGCCUCUGUAGUGGAGCAAUAUUUCUUUAACAACCCGGAUGGCACCUUUCACCGUGACCUUAUCUUAGCAGUACUGAAUAACAACAAGGUUUCAGCAGCUGCUCGCGAAGAUCCUCAGAGUCAUCUCUGGGGGAUUACCAAGUUUGUCGACAUUUUCAAGUCAAGAUCUGGAGGAUGGAGCCCCUGUGAUUCAGUUGAAAUCCCAGCGCUAGUUGAAGCAACUUCUGCAGCCUUCGUAAAAGGUCGAAGAAUUAUUGACGGUUCAACAAAAGUGGUGCCAAAGCAGGAACCCAAGCAAGAACCCAAGCAGGAAUCCAAGCAGGAAACCUCGAAGAAAGCUGGCCACUCUGAUACCAAGCAAGGAAAAGGGGAAGCAGUGGUCCAAGGGGUCCGAGUUGCUGCCUUGAAAGCUACCGAAUAUCUUGAGGUGGCUCGCGACGAUGUUGAAACUCUUUGCUCGGUUGCUCGGGCUAUCCAAGACGUAUUUGAUAAUGACGGCGGAAGCAGUGAUUAUUCGCCAGUUGCUUUUCUUCCACCUGCCAACCAAAUCGCCUCUGUGGGUGAAACAAAUCUUCCAAAUGUUCUUGAUUCUGGAAAUGCUACUGGUCAUCUUAUCUCAGACAACAGUUACUUUGUGUCGUAUGAGAAAUACAGCAGCCCCAAAACCAUCAGCUCCUAUGGUGGUUCCGACAUCGUGUUAGAAGGGGAAGGUAAAAUUGCUGUUGUAUUAAAAGGUGACGGUGGCACCAAUAUUUGCCAUAUUGCUGACGCACUUUAUUUUCCUGCUGGGUCUAGCAAUUUGUUUUCUGAUUCUGUCUGGCGCACGCACGAUGUUUCUUUUCAUACGGUCCCAAGUGGGGACUGUCUGGCCUAUUUUGGUGAGGAAAAGGUUGGUAGGGUUGGUGGUGCCAGAGAUGCCAAGUCUCACAUUUGUGCCAACAUUGUUCCGGUAAAGUUUACUAGGAAUAUCAUUUGCAGACAAGGACCAGAAGCUAUGAGGAAGGUUGAUAAAUCAGCUCUCGCUGUUGGAAAGGGACUUCCUGUCCUCUCACCGUCUCUCAAAUUUAUUGCAAAGGAGGCCGUGUUGAAUUCGCAGGCACUUGACUGUCAUGUUCGGUUUGCUCAUUGCUCUUUGACUUCGGUGAAGCAUUUAGCCAAGCUUGCUGAUCCUCCCUUUGAGGUGACCAAGCGUGACGAAGAGUUGAUCAAGGACUGUGUCAUAUGUGGCACGUCAAGAAGCAUUAAGCGGUUCACUUCUCCGGAUAAGCAUAUAGCUUCUGAAUCCACGGCUCCGUUAGCCCAGAUUCAUGCUGAUCUCGUCGGUCCCAUAGGUCCUGCCUCUUCAGGGGCCAGGUACAUGCUGAAUAUCAUUGAUGCAUUUUCUGGUUACAUCUAUGCUUUUGCUCUGGAAUCUAAGGAUGAAGCUCCUGGGAAACUUAUCCAGUUCUUUAAGCAGUUUGUGCCCAAAGCUGCUCGCCGUGCUGCUGACGGCAAGGCCACCAAGCUUAUUACUGACAAUGGUGGUGAAUUUAUCUCUGGCACACUUGGAAAAUUUUUGGCAGAUUGGGGCGUCAUUCAUAUUUUAACUGCUCCUGAUGAACACCAACAAAAUGGAAAAAUUGAGCGUGCCCACCGCACACUUCGUGAGAUAUCUACUAGAGCCUUGAUGCAGUCGACACUCUGGGCCAAUAUCUACUGGGACUCUGCCUGGCUCUACGCUGUGCAGGUAUAUAAUUUCUCCAUAGUUAAUAAAGCCGGUAUAUCACCUUAUGAAGCCUUUACGGGCAGAAAACCACCUAUAGCACUAGUGCACACAUUUGGCUGCCUAGUUUUGUCAUUAAAUCUGAGUCUCAGAAACUCAAAGGGACCCCUUCAGCCUCGGGGCGAGCCUGCUCUGAACAAGCGCAUUCGACGCUGUGUACACGGCAACUUUCGUGACCAUGUCUUGCCUGGCGUUAAAUUUUUUGGCGAAAAGCCAAUUUACGAGGGUGACAUUCUCAUUGACUACAGUGAGGUUGGAAAUCGUGACCCUGACUACAGUGACUCUUCCACUGAUGAAUCAGAAAGUGAAGAUGAAUCUGACUCUGACGACUACUCUCCCACUUCACUCUCUGGUGGUGGUGGUGGUAACUUUGGCUGGACUUAUGUGGGCUCUGAGGGAAGGAGCCACAGAUCCAGCAGAUUGGAGGACCAGGAUUCUACUUCUACAUCAUCGACACCUAUAACUGAAAACUCUUUUCAACCGUUGGAAGAUGAUGAUGUGGAGCUGGUUGCAGAUGAAUCAAUUAGUGUUGCUGACGACAAAGAUACACUUCAGUCUGAGGACCAUAUAUUGCUCGAAGAUUCUGCUGUUGAUGAUGCUGAUUUGAGAUCGGUGAACUCCAACGUAGCUGGUCGCCCUGGUUCCGAAGAUACUAACGAAGAUUUUUCUCACGAAAAUUCAUUUUCUGAACAUAUGGUAAAGCUCCAGAAAGCCUUUGCUCCAGGAACUCAGUCGCCCUCAGAUGAGGAUGACAGUGUGGAUCUUGCGCUGUCUGGAACUGCUGAACUUAUCCGUGAGGCUUCAGCUGUUGAAACCGCGAGCCAAUCUGGUGGUGACAAUCAGGAUGCGGUUGACUCAGAAACCAAUGAUGAAGACAUGGAUGGGUCUGUGGAACAUAUACUGGGUUUCGACGAAUUGGAAGACUCAUCAGAUUCUGAAUCUUCGUCUAGCGACGUUGUCAUGGAUUUUGAGAUGGGGGAGGACUAG